AUGAGCGGAAAGCAUUUCCAGGAAGGAUGUAAAGUGUUAGCUUGGUUCAUUGCUCUUCAAGUUAUUGCAAUAUGCGUUGCGGUCGUCUUCGUGAUUGUCUUCGCUGCCGGUGUAGUCUUCUGCUUCCUUUAUGCAUGUCUCGCCGGUGAUAUGUUACAACGAGUGAUAUGCCCGAAUGCAUAUGCUGAACGGAAACGAAUGCAAAAAGACCAAGAGAAGCGACAUCGUCAUCAGCAACGGAUCUCGCGGCGCCCAUCUCCUCGACCAGCUUCAGUUUCCGAAUUCGAGUCAGCAUCGACGCCUAGUCAAAGAACAAGUACUGGAUCUCCGAAAUCGCCAUGUCAGAUGAGACAAAAUAAACCAUCAGAAGCAGUCAACACACAAGAUCCUGUUGAAGUGUAA